GACAGCCAAUAGAUAUCCUCGCAUUCACUGAGAUUCCCACGGUUCGGCCGCGCCAAACCAAUGGAGAAGAGAAAUCGGAGAAAGUGGGCGCGUACGUCGUCGGGAGGAAAAUAAUCAGUGACGUUCCCCUCGUUUGCUUUUUUUAUAUGGCGGUGGGACUCUACUUUUUGAUGAAUUGCGACGGGCCAAUCAGAGAGGACUGUAGGAGAGCGCUGUCUGCAGGCGGCCAAUCCGUAGCCUAGUCUCGUUGUCAGUCAAGUCCGGUUCUGGCGAGUAGGCGGGACGUUCGGUCGGCUGUAGUUCCGUCAUCUCGCCCGUUUCCGAGGCUACAGGGGGCCAAUGUUGAUUUGGGCGAAUUCCCUUCGCUGUCGGACCCCGCAGAGGUUUAAUCUUUAAAGCUGGGUUCGGUAACGAAAAGUGGCAGGCAUUCAAUUGAGAUUGUUGCAUCCCCGCCGUUGGUGUCGCUGUUUUUUGGGCUGGGGGAGAGGUGGGGAGCCGGGGGGCCUCGCUCGGAGGGGGCUGCAAGGAGGGACAGCAGAAGACUGGCUCCUCCGUGUUCAGGCCAACUGCGCCCAGGUCGGCCUGGCUGUCCAGUGAAGCCCCAGCGACCGAGAUACAACAACGAUAGCUCCCCGUAGAUUUAAGCUCGUUGCUGAUGAGCGUGGAGUGAGUGAGUCCGCUGCACUACCCCGUCUCGCCGUGCCACCGCACAGCAGCUGUCAGCCUAUUAAAGAUCAAGACAUCGGAGGUAACGCUCGGUAACCGUUACAGCUGGAUUUAGGGAACAUCGUUCGGACGUAAUCGAGCUUAGAGCGGCUUGAGAAGGCUGCAGAGCGGCCAAAAAGCCACGGAUUGCUCGUUGACAAGUUGUCAUCAUGGGCAACGCGCCCACGGCCAGGAAGGGCAGCGAGAUGGAAAGCGUCAAGGAGUUCCUUGCUAAAGCCAAAGAGGACUUUCUCAAGAAGUGGGAGAACCCUGCACAGAACACUGCUUGCCUGGAGCAGUUUGAGAGGUUGAAAACCCUGGGCACGGGCUCAUUUGGCCGUGUGAUGCUGGUGAGGCACAGAGAAACAGGACAGCAUUAUGCCAUGAAGAUCCUCAACAAGCAGAAGGUGGUGAAGCUCAAGCAGAUAGAGCACACUUUGAAUGAGAAGAGGAUUCUGCAGGCUGUCAGCUUUCCUUUUCUGGUGCGGUUAGAGUACUCUUUCAAGGACAACACUAACCUCUACAUGGUGAUGGAAUAUGUACCAGGUGGAGAGAUGUUCUCCCAUCUACGGAGAAUUGGCAGAUUUAGUGAGCCUCACGCUCGGUUCUACGCUGCUCAGAUCGUCCUGACCUUUGAGUACCUGCACGCUUUGGACCUGAUCUACAGAGACCUGAAACCUGAAAACCUGCUCAUAGACCAACAGGGCUACAUACAGGUGACGGAUUUUGGCUUUGCCAAACGUGUAAAGGGCCGGACCUGGACACUGUGUGGCACCCCAGAAUAUCUGGCCCCAGAGAUUAUUCUCAGCAAGGGGUAUAACAAGGCAGUAGACUGGUGGGCGCUGGGCGUACUCGUCUAUGAGAUGGCAGCAGGGUACCCGCCUUUCUUUGCUGACCAGCCCAUUCAGAUCUAUGAAAAGAUCGUAUCAGGGAAGGUCCGUUUCCCAUCUCACUUCAGUUCAGAUCUGAAGGACCUUCUGAGGAACCUGUUACAGGUGGAUCUCACAAAACGCUACGGGAACCUCAAGAACGGGGUCAACGACAUCAAGGGACACAAAUGGUUUGCAACCACUGACUGGAUUGCCAUCUAUCAGAAGAAGGUGGAAGCUCCCUUCAUUCCCAAGUUCAAAGGACCAGGCGACACCAGCAACUUCGACGACUACGAGGAGGAAGAGAUCCGCGUCUCUUUCACUGAGAAAUGUGCCAAGGAGUUUGCAGAGUUCUAGAGUGAGAGAGCAAGAGAGGAAGAAAGAAGGAAGUAGGGAGAGUCGGAGGUAGGCUGGUCAAGUGGGAGACAUAAGGAGAGAGUACUGUCUCCUGUCCAAUCACAAGCACCAGCUACAAAAAGAGGCAAAAUGAGAUAGAGAAGAGAAAAAGAGCAAGGAGACUGAUAACCAGCAGUGUUGCCUUUUCUGUUGUGUUUCCGUUGUAUUUUAUUUAUUAAUCUGUCUAAUUUAUGGAUCCCUUUAUAAUGAAGGUGUGCUUCAGAUUCAUGGGUGUUUGGAACCCCCACUUAUUUAGAGUUGCUUACACGUAUUCACCCAAAAGAUCUUCCCUGCUUUUUUUUUUUUUAAUGUUUCAUUCAACAUGUAGUCACUUUUGGGCCACAUCAUGGAGAAAUCAGCCAGUCUGUUCUGAUCCACUGCUGUCUGUCGGUCAUUACGUGAAGCCCAUUGAGCUGUACAAGUUGAGGUCUCAGUCUGCACAACAAGUUUCUACAGUUUGCAAAAUUGCUCUUUCCCUGGUGAGCAAGAGGAGCUUUAAAGUGAGUGAGUCACACGCGAGCACUUCGUUAACUUUCUUUGUUUUGCCGACAUGACUUUUUAAAAAAUAUUUAAACCAUAACGAUUUCAUAUCAUGGAUUGCAUACACAUAGUCAAUGGCAUGAUUGGCCAAAAUGAAAAAUGGUACAUUGUGUGCUCAAAAAAAAAAUCAUUUACAGGGAAAAAGUCGAUUACGU